AUGACUCUUUUCGGUGGUCCGAAGCCAAGUACUACGCCAGCUUUCACGUUCGGUAGCGGCACCCAAUCGUCCAGAAUUAAGAACCCAUACUCCUUAACGCAUUGCGAUUUUGCAGCACGGCAAACAAGCCACUGUUUGGUUCCACAGCCACAACUCUGCAGCAGCCGUCAUUGUUCGGUGCAGCACCGCAUCAGCCCACAUUCGGCGCAUCCAAACAACACGGAAAGUCUGAUCCGAUCGCUAACGGCGCCAGACCUGUACGGCGAUGAGCGUGAUGGGAUAAUCGCAAGUCUGAACCAGCUUCUGGCAGCAUGUGGAGUGGGCGGAGGAUUUUAUAAAGCUGAUCAGCAGCCAGUAAUCUACAACGCCGAGAACCCAUUUUAUUUGUUCAAAGCAAUCGGAUAUAGCAGGUGGUGA